AUGUCGACAUUCGCUCCUCCCGCUCGUCGCGGCGAUCUCCUCUACUCAUCUGUCCUGUAUGCCGACGCGGGAAAUGCUAACCACCACCCGCGAGCCAGCGUUGCAGAACUCGCAGCUCUGCUCCGCCCGGAAGCACCUAGUCUGUAUACCAAAGGUCGCAAACCCGAUACAUCGUCGCCUGCGAAGGACCGGCCCUGGCACUUCUACAGCGCCCAACUGAUUCACUACGGGCUGCCAGUAACCAAAGACAAGAACGGAGCCAAAGUUAGGUUGUUGAACGCCAUGAAUCAGUUCAAACUUGAGGUACCGGCAUGGGUACUUAAAGUCGAGGGCGAACUAAAGAAGGAGUGGGAGGCGGAGAACAAGAAGAUGAAGAAGACCUCGGGCGGAGUCGUUGCAGGUGCGGGCGGCAGAAGCAAAGCAGAGACGGCGCCGACUUCGAGCCCCGGUGUGAACGUUACGGGUAAGCCCAAGUGCCCAGAAGUAUCGGACAUGUAUGCUAACAGUUUAGUCAAUCUGUCGCUGUCCUCAAGUAUGUCACUGUCUGAGCAGCUUAAUCUGCAACGACUCCAAGGAACCAUCACACCCAAGAAGCCAUCACCUUCGAAGCGCAAGCGCGCCAAUAGUCCUCCGCUGAGUCAAGCUGCAAAAGUCAAGAAAGAGCCGUGGCCCAUCAAGCGAGCCAAGAAGGAGCCAGUCUCAAAGGCGGCGCCUCGCAUGAAGCAAGAUUCCUCACCUGCCAGCACCCCUCCCCGAUCACGUGUCAAGCAAGAGUACGGAUCGUAUCAGCUCCAACAGUCACCGUAUAACUCAUCACCCCACAUCAAAACUGAUCCGUAUGCUCAGCCCGGGCAUGCUCGAUACGUCCUCCUAAGCGGCACUUACGAAGUCAACUGUGCGACCGCCAGCGACAUGUUUGGCGACUACAACCUCGAACUGACACUGGCCGAGAAUCCCGCCCGCAACGCCUGGUGGGCGACGUUUCGCUGGGGUGCUUGGGAUGUCAUCAUUCAGAUGAGCCCUGGUCCCGACCAGAUAGGUGUUGGCAACCAGUGCACGCUGGGCUGGCGUCUACGCGACCUUGAGACGGGCCAGUUUACUUUUGGAAAGCGCUGUACUGGUUCGAUGACCUUCUUCGAUAACCAGACGUUCAUAGGCGCGCUCUUUGGAGUGCCUGGUGUUGGAACGGUGGAGUUUGAUGGUAACAGACUGGCGGGUAGGAGCUUGGAGGACGAUUUGCGGCACGAAUGGGAUGCCAUUGCUGCGGAGGCAUAUGGACGCUAG